GAGCCGAAACGCGCAUGCGCGGAUAAGCCACAGCGUUUAGGAGCCUGCAAGGAGUUGUAUUUAAAGAUAAUUGUUUAGUUUCGUUUUGAAACAAGUGCUGUGCAAUCCUAACAACAUUUAGUACAAAUAACCGACAAGUUUCUUUUAAUUCCGCACUAAAUUUACUGUUUAAUCCGUUAGCCACUUGGCACUCGAAAAGAACCAAUCGUAGACAUUUCCUGAGUCUACUUCUUCUACGCCUACUGAUAUCGUUCGCCUAAACAUCGAACUUCGAGGAGCACUUAUAAACGCUGUUUUAUGGACUUUAGGAAUUAAUUUGCUUCUGUCACUGGUUUGUUUUGACUUUUAAACGUUUCUAUUUUGAAGAAGAAGGACAAGCGGAGAUGAGUUUCUUAUUCGGAAACCGUUCAUCGAAGACAUUCAAGCCGAAGAAGAACAUCCCAGAAGGCUCUCACCAGUAUGAGCUGCUCAAACAUGCAGAAGCCACUCUGGGAAGCGGAAAUCUGCGAGCCGCGGUGAUGCUGCCCGAGGGAGAAGACCUCAAUGAGUGGAUCGCUGUCAACACGGUGGACUUUUUCAACCAGAUCAACAUGCUGUAUGGCACAAUCACUGAAUUUUGCACAGAAGUCAAGUGCUCUGUAAUGUCAGCAGGGCCCAGGUAUGAGUACCACUGGGCAGACGGCACCAACAUCAAGAAACCCAUCAAGUGUUCUGCUCCCAAAUACAUCGACUACUUGAUGACUUGGGUUCAGGAUCAGCUGGAUGAUGAAACUCUCUUCCCGUCUAAGAUUGGUUUGUAUGGUUACAUUGGUUAUGAACACAGAGGUGCAGUGAAACCUUUUCAUACAAUCUUUUUACUUGUUCCAGGUGUCCCUUUCCCCAAGAACUUUAUGUCAGUGGCUAAAACGAUCCUGAAGCGUCUGUUCAGAGUUUACGCUCACAUCUACCACCAGCAUUUCGACGCGGUCAUACAGCUGCAGGAGGAGGCUCAUCUUAACACCUCCUUCAAGCAUUUUAUCUUCUUUGUACAGGAGUUCAAUCUGAUCGACCGCAGAGAGCUGGCACCCCUGCAGGACCUCAUCGAGAAACUGGGCAGCAAGGAUAGAUAGACAUUGCUGUUUAUGCCACAUUGGUCAGCCUUAAUACAGUCAUGUUUCUUCUGUUCUCGUUUCGGGACCUGAAAGUGCCGUUUCUGCACUCUGAUUGUCUUUGCAAUAUCUCAGCUGUGCUUCCUCAAAGCUUGUAGAAGGAGACUUUGUGAAAUCUUUGUGUGUGUGUGUGUGUGUUUCUGUUUUUGUCAGUUUUCGUUGUCAGUAUUACACUGUAAACUUUACUUUUGACAUGUAUUGCUGGUGGAUUAGGAUAUGAAACUAUGUCAGAGUUUGUUUUUUUAUGAAAGUAAAACUAAAUCAGCUGUUUUUAGUCUCGUCCUUUUAUAAUGUUUGGAAGUAAAGGAUUUGGGGAAAUGUCAAUAUUAAUUUUUGUUGUUGUUUUGUAAGUUGAGACAAACGUCAUUUUUAUAUGUUUUCCUUUCUCUGUGAAUGCAUAAUCAAUAAUGAAGAUUAUUACAAUGUUUUCCCCCCAUGUAGUAGAUAAAUCUACUUUUAAAGCAAUAUCUAGAGCACAACGGACACAUCUGGUGUGUUUUAUUUGUAGUUAAAAAAUAAAUUUUAGAACAUUUUUACAA